AUGUCCGACAGAAAGACCUCGUCAGUGCCAGGUGAUGUUGAGAUUCUCCGGAGAAGAUCCGCUGCUCAGGACUCCUCAGAGAUCUAUGUAGAUCCUGAACAGCAUCGUCGGUUUCCACGGCGACAGUCCCAAACUGACAGAAUUUGUGUUGGCCCCCAGCAUCCGGAGCUCGGGACGAUGACCACGCCCUCCCCAGAUGGUUCUGUGGCCCACUUCUGCCACUACACGCCCAAAUGUUACCUCACCGUCCACGGAGCAGGUCACGGCACCUCAGCCCGGACGACCUCGUCACAGUAUGGAGAGGAGGGUUGGCACGACGCCACCACCAAGACCACCAUCAGAGCUGACAAUGAGGUGGAGGCUCACAGGGAAGCCAACAACUACAGGUUUGGCUUCAGAAAGUGGAAGGGCAACGUGACGGAGAAGCCCAUCGGAGAGAGAUCAGACAUCACCAAAGAGCUGUACGCUGAUCUUAGUCUUGUUAAGCCUCAAGAAGGCUUGGUGGUUUCCUUUGGGAACAUCGUUUAUGUAUUUUUAUUUGGAUGGUGGAUAUCUUUAAUCUACUUCCUCGUUUGUCCUAUAAUGUUUCUAACGAUCUUAGGAGCUCCAUAUGGUAAACUUUGUUGGAAGUUGGCAUUGUACUUUAUCUGGCCAUUUGCAAAGUCCAUAGAAAAGGCCAGUGAUGCAAUGAGGAAUUCCAUCAUGAGGCCCCCGAAGUGUGAGGUCAUCCCUGAGGAGGGGGACACUGAGGACGAGGGGUCCGCCCCCCUCCUGGUGUCUUCUCCGAUCGCCGUGGAGAUCCCCGUCCCAGAACCACCUGUCAGGAUAGCUUCAAAACACUGGUGUCGGGUCAGCACCUAUGUGUGGCUGCUCCUGGGGUACCCUGUGCUGGCUGUGGCCCACUCCGUCGCCUGUGUGCUCUCCUGGCUGCUGAUCUUCACCAUCCCUGUGUCCAAGAUGAACGCUCGCACCCUGACCACGGUGCUGCUCAUGGCACCUGAGGAGGUCCAGAUCCACAGACAGGAAAAGAUGAAUAAUUGUGAGAUCAGAGUCGUCUUAUACUGUAAUCGAGCAUUUAAUGUGCAUUACUGCAAAUACACCGUACAAGGAAUCAACAUUUUCGCUCUCAACCUGCUUCCACUGGUAUUGAUCACUCUGAUUGUUGGCUAUACUGACCGUGAACAUAAUUACUUCAGUGCAGAGACCAAGUUUGCCACAGCCAUCACCUCUAUCAUUCCUCUGUCCUACUUCAUCGGCAUGGGGAUAGCCAGCAUUUCUGCACAGAGUAACUUUGCAGUGGGGGCGGUGGUGAAUGCCACGUUUGGCUCCAUCACAGAGAUGACGUUCUACAUCACAGCUCUGCUACAGGGAUACCACGCUAACAACAAAUGCUACGAAGAGAUCGUCAAGGCAGCGCUCACCGGAACCAUACUUGGAUGUAUACUGUUCAUACCGGGGAUCUGUAUGAUCAUUGGGGGCAUUAAACACCGGGAGCAGAGGUUCAACAGUCGUUCAGCUGGAGUGAGUUCUGCUUUGCUUUUCAUAUCCAUAGGAGGGGUGUUUGCUCCCACCCUUUUCUCCAAGGCGUUCGGUUAUCUGGUGUGUGAAAGCUGCACCAACAUCCCAAACAAUACCAGCGUCCCCUUCAUCUGCAAGGACUGUCACUACGACACGAGUCGAACUGACCCACAUUUGAUUCUCUCCCAUAUUGAGCCUCUGGUGUACACGAUCUCUGUGCUGCUGCCCACUGCCUACCUGAUCGGCCUCAUCUUCACACUGAAAACCCACUCCCACAUCUAUGACAUCCAUAUCAGUGAUGCCCAAGGUGACCAUGCACAUGGUCAUCAUGUGGUUCUCUGGUCCCGGUGGAGGGCUCUGGCAGUGCUGAUCGUUGCCACGGUGCUGAUGGCCUGUUGCGCUGACCUCAGCACGGAGAAUGUCAAGCCCAUUCUGACCAAUAGCUCAAUCUCUAAGUACUUCAUCAGUGUCACGGUGUUGGCCAUGGUGCCAGAGCUACCGGAGAUCGUCAAUGGAAUCCAGUUCGCGCUGCAGAACAACAUCAGCCUGAGCCUUGAGGUGGGCAGUUGCAUUGCUGUCCAGGUCUGUAUGAUCCAGAUUCCACUGCUUAUCCUCUUCAAUGCAUUUUACGAUGUCGGAUUUGUGCUUGUGUUCAGUGACAUUCAUCUCUGGGCCAGCAUCUUCAGUGUCAUCGUGGUCAACUACAUCUUCAUGGAUGGAAAAUGUGACUACUUUCAGGGCACCGCUCUAGUGGUGGUUUACCUCAUCCUAUUGGCUCUUUACUUCUUCGCUCCCUCUCCUCGCUCCUGUUGA